AUGGAGAGUACCCUAACCUUUCGAGGAUCAUCAGCAGUGUUAGUGACCGCAAGCACAGGAUCGAUUCCCACCUCGAAUUCUUCAACUACUCCUCCUAAGUCUGCUCCGGGAGGUGGAAAGCCGUUCGAUAUCUCUGACGUCGGAACCAAGCAAGCUCGUGUGAUACUGGAUUAUGACGCUGUCCUUCCGCAGGAAAUGAGCGUGAGACAGAAUGAUGUGCUCAUCGUCUAUCGCCUGCCAGGACUCGACCCGGACUAUGUAAUGGCCGAAAAGGGUGGCGUGCGAGGGCGAGUGCCAAUCUCCUUUCUUGAACUAAUGUGA